AUGGUCCCACCUCCGGGAUACAAGUUCAUACCACGCACUGAGCAUGUCUGUCAAGAGAUGGGCUGCUUUGAGUGCUAUGACAUCUAUUGCGAGCGCUGUGAAUCCAAGGAUCGGCGAAUCAUCGAGCUAGAAAUGCGAAACACGGAACUGGUGAAGCAUAUCACCUUGUUGCAGGCCCGCCUUUUCCCUCGCGACGGUCAGGGCCCAGGAGCCCGGCCGAACGCCAGCGGUGCAGGUGCAGGGGGCGAGCCUUUCGCCUAUGUGCAAAGCCCUGUGGCUUGGCUGGCGGCAUGA